AUGGAGAACGGGCACGCCAAGUACCGGGUGGCCGCCAUUGGCAGCGGCAACUGGGGCAGCGUCGCCUCCCGCCUCAUCGCCUCCAACACCGCCAAGCUGCCCUCCUUCUAUGAUGAAGUAAGGAUGUGGGUGUUUGAGGAAAUACUGCCAACAGGCAAGAAGCUAUCCGAGUCCAUUAACGAACAAAAUGAGAACUGCAAAUACUUGCCAGGUAUAAAGCUUGGAAAGAACGUCAUUGCCGACCCUGACUUGGAGAGUGCAGUCAAAGAUGCGAAUAUGCUAGUUUUUGUGACUCCCCAUCAAUUUGUGGAGGGUAUAUGUAAGAAGCUUGUAGGGAAGGUAAGGCCAGGAGCUGAGGCUAUCUCCCUCAUCAAGGGCAUGGAGGUCAAGAUGGAAGGGCCGUGCAUGAUAUCCAAGUUAAUCGCGGAUACACUUGGAAUCAAUUGUUGUGUCCUCAUGGGUGCUAACAUUGCAAACGAGGCAAGCAAGCGUUUGUUCAACUUGCUAUGCAAAGUUUCAUGUAGCCUUCGUUCAUAA